UGUGAGAGCUGGUUAUGCUGGUGAGGACUGUCCCAAGGUGGAUUUCCCCACAGCUAUUGGUAUGGUGGUAGAAAGAGAUGAUGGAAGCACACUGAUGGAAAUAGAUGGUGAUAAAGGCAAACAAGGCGGCCCCACCUAUUACAUAGAUACUAAUGCCCUGCGCGUUCCCAGGGAGAAUACGGAGGCCAUUUCACCACUAAAAAAUGGGAUGGUUGAAGAUUGGGAUAGUUUCCAGGCUAUUUUGGAUCAUACCUACAAAAUGCAUGUCAAGUCAGAAGCCAGCCUGCAUCCUGUUCUCAUGUCAGAAGCACCGUGGAAUACUAGAGCAAAGAGAGAGAAACUGACAGAGUUAAUGUUUGAACACUACAACAUCCCUGCAUUCUUCCUUUGCAAAACUGCAGUUUUGACAGCAUUUGCUAAUGGUCGUUCCACGGGUCUUAUUUUGGACAGUGGAGCCACUCAUACCACUGCAAUUCCAGUCCAUGAUGGCUAUGUCCUUCAGCAAGGCAUCGUGAAAUCCCCUCUUGCUGGAGACUUUAUUACUAUGCAAUGCAGAGAACUCUUCCAAGAAAUGAAUAUAGAACUGAUUCCUCCAUAUAUGAUUGCAUCAAAAGAAGCUGUUCGUGAAGGAUCUCCAGCAAACUGGAAAAGAAAAGAGAAGUUGCCACAGGUUACAAGGUCUUGGCACAACUACAUGUGUAAUUGUGUUAUCCAGGAUUUUCAAGCUUCAGUACUUCAAGUAUCAGAUUCAACCUAUGAUGAACAAGUAGCUGCACAGAUGCCAACUGUUCAUUAUGAAUUCCCCAACGGGUACAACUGUGACUUUGGAGCAGAGCGGUUAAAGAUUCCUGAAGGGUUGUUUGACCCUUCCAACGUAAAGGGAUUAUCAGGAAAUACAAUGCUGGGAGUCAGUCACGUUGUCACUACAAGCGUUGGAAUGUGUGAUAUUGACAUCAGACCAGGUCUCUAUGGCAGUGUUAUAGUGGCUGGAGGAAACACGCUAAUACAGAGCUUUACUGACAGGUUGAAUAGAGAGCUCUCUCAGAAAACUCCCCCGAGUAUGCGGUUGAAAUUGAUUGCAAAUAAUACAACAGUAGAACGGAGGUUUAGUUCAUGGAUUGGUGGCUCCAUUCUAGCAUCUUUGGGCACCUUUCAACAGAUGUGGAUUUCCAAACAAGAAUAUGAAGAAGGAGGGAAGCAGUGUGUAGAAAGGAAAUGCCCUUGA